GCCCAAGAAGCCCAAGAAGAUUGGCAGCUACGAGGACGCCCCGUCACGCGAUGCCAAAGAGACUCUCAACAAGUGGCAGCAGGUGAAGAAGGGCCACGGCGAGCUGGGCGGCUCUGGGCUCUACAUGGUCCUCACGGCCAUGCGCCAGCUGCGCAAGAGCCCUGCGGAGGUGGAAGGUGAGCUGCGGAGCUCUCUGAAGGGCGCACAAGGAGAGAAGCUGCUGGGGGAGGUGGAGGCCUUGCCGGCGGCACUUCUCCGCGACGAUGCCAUUGAGAUGUUGCCACCUGUGCUGAAGCUGCUGCAGGACUUUGGGAGGCCUGCGGAUUCCUCGACCUACGGUGCGCUGAUGGCCGCGCAGCUUCGCCGCCGUGACCUCACAGGUGUCAGCGCCACUGCGGCUAUGCUGUCGGAGGAGGCUUUGACGCCGAAGAUGCACGCCAUCCUUGCAACUGCGGCCGCCCAGCGCCAGAAGUUGGAGGAGGCCCUUUUGCACCUCGCGAAGCUGCACCCGGAGCCCAGCGGCCCCUGCCGCGUGCUGUCGUCCUCCGCGGCCGCACAGAUCCUGGCGCUGGGCCAGCGGGAGCAGCGGGCCCAAGAGGUGGUGGAGCAGCUGCAGCGCCUCAAGGUGCAGCCCCAGGAGAAGACCGACAACAACGAGCUGCAGCGGGCAGUGACCACCAUCAAGGCUUACGUGAAGAACAAGGACCUGCCGAGCGCCACGGGGGUCUUCAACCGCCUGAAGAAGAGCGGGGUGGCCCUGCGCCCGCAGGUCUACAACUGCUUCUUGGAUGCCUGCGUGCAGUGCGGGGACAUUGACGCCUCCUUGUCUCUCUUCGAGGAGAUGAAGCAGUUGGGCUUCCUGGACGUGGUCAGCUACAACACCCUUCUGAAGGGCCACUUGGCCGCCGGGCGCAUGGCGGACGCCCGGAACUUGGUGCAGGAGAUGUCCACGCAGGGCUUGAGCGCCAACAAGGUAACAUACAACGAGCUGCUGAAUGCCAAGGUUGCGGCGCGAGACCGGCAGGGCAUGUGGACCAUCGUGGAGGAGAUGCUGCAAGCCGGGCUCAAGGCGAAUCUCAUCACCUGCUCCAUCCUGCUGAAGUCGCUGACUCAGCACUCCGCUGAGACCGACCUCGCACGUGUAAUGGAGUUGAUCAACAGCCUGGAGGAGCCCAUCGAUGAGGUGCUGUUCUCCUCCAUCAUCGAGGCCUGCAUCCGAAUCAAGAAGCUGGACACCUUGGCCUCCUUCAUCGCCCGCUACAAGUCCAAGGGCCUUUUCAAGAACAUCUCGGCGCCCAUCUUCGGGGCCAUGAUCAAGGCCUUCGGGGAGGCCGGGCAGCUGCACCAGGUCCGCGACCUCUGGGCCCAGCUGCAGGGGCACAAUGUGAAGCCCACAGCCAUCACCAUCGGCUGCGUGGUGGAGGCCCUGGUCAUCAACAAGCAGGGAGAGGAGGCCUGGCAGCUCGUCCAGGACCAGCUGCAGUACCCGGACCGCAAGAGCAUGAUCAACACCGUGGUGUACUCCACAGUGCUGAAGGGCUUCGCUGUGUCCAAACGCAUUGACAAGGUGCUGGCCGUGUACAAGGAGAUGCGGAACAACAGCAUCGCGUGCAACACCAUCACCUACAACACGAUGCUGGAUGCCUGUGCCAAGUGCAGCGCCAUGGACAAGGCCUCGGUGUUGCUGGAAGACAUGCGGGAAGCCAAUAUCGAGCCGGACAUCAUCACCUACUCUACCAUCAUCAAGGGCUACUGCCUCACGGGCGACGUGGACCGCGCCUUCAGCGUGCUGGAGGAGAUGAAGCGUGAUGGGCACUUUACCCCGGACGAGAUCAUGUACAACUCCAUUCUGGAUGGGUGCACCAAGCAGCGGAACGUGAGCGAGGCCCUACGGGUGCUCGAGGAGAUGAAGUCCUCCGGGAUCCGGCCCAGCAACUACACGCUGAGCAUCCUGGUGAAGCUGCUUGGGAACGCCCGGCGCUUGGGCCAAGCCAUGCAGAUGGUGGAGGAUCUGAGCACACAGAACGGCCUGAAGCCCAACAUCCAGGUCUACACCUGCCUGAUCCACGCCUGCUUCCAGAACAGGCGCUUUGAGCGGGCGCUGGGCGUGUACGAGACGAUGAUCAAAGAAGGCUGCCACGCGGACGAGAAGUUCUACGCGGUGCUGGUCCGCGGUUGCCUCCAGCUGCACCAGCCCCUCAAGGCGAUUGAGGUUGUCAAGGCGGCGUACAAGUUGGACAGCAGCCUUCCGCACGGCCCGCGCGUCGUCGGGGUGGAAGGCUUGGAUGACCUGCUGAACAAGAUCGCCAAAGAAGAGCAGGACGCCGCGGAGGCUCUGCGCUCCGAGCUGCAGAAGCGCGGGCUGCAGAACCGGUCGGGUUGGUACAACAGUGCUCGCGUGACAGCGGGCCCAAGCCGUGAACGUCGCAGAGGUCGCAACGACUGA